AUGUUGCAGAAAACGAGGUUCCGGGGCCGCCCCAGCACCCAGGCUGAAACGGAGCGGGACUGGGGCCACGGCAGAGAGACUCGCACCCCGCAGGGCGCGGCCGACGAGGUCCCGAGCACCUCCCGCGGUGCGAGCGGCUCGCAAGAGGCCGCAGGCACUCGGUCGCCGAGCGCCCGUUCCGCCUCUGCGGCUCCCGCCAUGGAGCUGAAAGUGGCCGAGCUUGUGCAGUUUUUGCUGAUUAAGGACCAGAAGAAGAUUCCGAUCAAGCGGACUGACAUCCUGAAGCACGUCAUUGGAGACUACAAGGACAUCUUCCCUGAUCUCCUCAAACUGGCCGCCCAGCGCCUCGAGUACGUCUUCGGGUACAAGCUGGUGGAACUCGAACCCAAGAGCAACUCCUACAUUCUUAUCAACACCCUGGAGCCGGUGGAGGAGGAUGCCGAGGUGAGAGGCGAUCAGGGCACGCCCACUACUGGCCUCCUGAUGAUUGUUUUAGGACUCAUCUUUAUGAAGGGAAAUACUAUCAAAGAGACGGAAGUCUGGGACUUUCUGCGACGCUUAGGAGUCUACCCCACAAAGAAGCAUUUUAUUUUUGGGGACCCAAAGAAGCUCAUUACCGAAGACUUUGUGCGCCAGCGUUACCUGGAAUACCGGCGGAUACCCCACACUGAUCCUGUAGACUAUGAAUUCCAGUGGGGCCCGCGAACCAACCUGGAAACUACCAAGAUGAAAGUUCUUAAGUUUGUAGCCAAAGUCCAUAACCAAGACCCCAAGGACUGGCCAGCGCAGUACUGUGAGGCUUUGGCAGAUGAGGCGGCGAGGGCCAGACCUCCGCCUAGUGUCCCAGCCCCCUCCUCUUGA